GGUGAUGGCGAUGAUCAUGAAAAUGAUGUGAUUAUUAAUUCUUUCAUUCUUUCGCAUAUUUUUUGGCCUUCGUUUAGGACAGAAACAAUGAAGCUACCANGCUUUUAUUCAAAACUUGACGAUUAUAAUAAAUCCUUUCAAGAGAUAAAAGGGAUGAGGGAGUUGAAAUGGUGCCAUGAUCUUGGGCAGGUCCAGCUGGAACUAGAAGUCAAUGAUCAGAUACUCAACUUUCAAGUGUCUCCAUCAAGAGCCAGUGUGAUAUGGCAGUUCCAGAAUAAAAGUGUAUGGAGUGUCGAGGACCUGAGUACCAAACUAGAGAGCACACCUUCGGUUAUAAGACGUCACUUACUCUAUUGGGCGGGGCAGGGUGUACUCUGCGAAGAGAAGGAGGGCGAGGUUUUUAAGAUAUUGGAGAAAGAAGGAAUGGACGAUACUUAUCACGAAGGGGGCGUGUUUGAGGAAGAGUCGGCAAUGUCUUCCAUGAAAAGCCAAAAAGAAAACGAUUUAGAAGCGGUCUGGUCUUAUGUCACAGCCAUGUUAACCAACCUCGGUCCAAUGUCGCUUGACAAGAUACACAACAUGCUGAGUUAUCAGGCCCAGGCGGAGGAGGAGGGGCAGGUCAGUCCAGCUGCACUGUAGCCGAACUGAAGGCCUGCCUUGAUAACAUACAGGGACCAAUCAAAUGGAUGGAAGUUUCAAGGCAUUGAGAAAGAUGUAAUUGUCAUUUUAAAGAAAAAGAAAGUCAGCGAAUCACCUUUUCAUAGUUUUAUUGGUAAAGGUUUAAUUGAUUUGUCACCUCAAGAAGUUUAUAACUGCGUCCGUAAUCCUAACCAAAGAUACAUAUUCGAUAACAUGUUAAAAGAGUUGCAUGUAGUGAAGCAGAUAGACUCGGAUCUUUACAUUUUACACAUGCAACAUGAAACUACACAAUGUUUCCUAAGACAAUCAAGGGAUUUCUGUAUACUUGUAUGUGAGAGAUCAGAGCCUAAUAAGAAGAUUAUAGUUGGUGCUUCUGUUGAAGUCCCAGAGUGUCCUCCUCAACCUAGCUGCACAA